AGUCGCCGUUUUGAGGACAGACUGGGAGCAGACUGGGUCGGGCUUGGGCGUGUCGGCUUCGUGUGUCUUACUCAAGCCUGUUGGGGCUGGUCGGCCAUCAAAACGGGCGGAGCCUUUGUUGGUAAUUGAGGACUUUCUUGGAUCUGGUGCGGCCCUCGCGCAGUGACCGAGCAGCGGCAUCAACAAACGGCCCUCACAGACUGACCCUCCAGGGGGCGACCCCGGCUCCUGUGCCUUCCUGAACGUGCCUUCGCUGCCUGCGACUCCCUAGUGCCUUACAGUGCCUCUCAAUUAGUAUUUCUUAGCGUGAUAGUGUUAGUAAAUAUCCACACGUACAUCGCAUCACCGCCGAGAGUGCGAGAGAGCGAAGAUGGCUUGGCUUAGCACCGAGUUCUACUACUACAAGGGCAGCGCCCCCUGCCGCGCUGUCUGGAUGACCCUGAAGAUGCUGAAGGUCGAGUACGAGGACAAGCAAGUGGAUCUCCUGAAGGCGGAGAACAAGCGACCGUGGUUUGUGCGGCUGAACCCCCAGCACACCCUCCCCACCAUCAACGACCAAGGAUUCGUCCUUUGGGAGAGCCGCGCCAUCAUGAUGUACGUGAUGAACAAAUACGUCACGGAGGAAACACAGUACUUGUAUCCAACCGACCCGGAGGAGAGAGCACGGGUGGACCGAAUGCUCUUCUUCGACAUGGGGACGCUGUACCACGCCAUUAAGGAGUACUUCGCCCCCAAAAUGCACCAGGGAUUACCUCCAGACCCCGACAAGGAGAACCUGCUUAAGACCAGCUUGGACUACCUGGACACCUUCCUAGAGACGGGCGGCGUCCCUUACCUGUGUGGCGAGAGGUAUACCAUCGCUGACAUUUCCAUCUUGGCGUCCAUCACUGAACUGGACGCCAUGGACUACUCCUACAAGUGCUAUGGCGAAGUCCUCAGGUGGAGCCAGAGGAUGAAGGAGAACUUCCCGUUCUACAAGGAGUGCUGCGAGGAAGGAGUGGAGAUGACGAGAGCAAGAGUCAAGCAACUGGAACAAGACCUCAAGAAGCAGCUCGAGAAGGAACGCAAACAGUCCAUCACGAAAAAGUAGACUGCCUCACGCCACACGACCAGGAUGGAUCUGGCAGCGCUGGGAAGACACGCAGUUGUUACAUGAAUGACUCGACUGUAUUUCAUAGUGUGAGCGGAACAUGUAGAAGGAACUUGUUCAUUGGUGUGUAUUUUCAAUGCAUAAGAACCAAUAUGUAUAAACAUAUUAUAUAUACAUAUAUAUAUAUAUAUAUAUAUAUAUAUAUAUAUAUAUGUAUAUAACAUACCCCACUAAAAGGAAGAUAAUGAUCAUAUAGCUUAUGACAUUCAGCACAAGAUGAUAUCCAUGGAGUUUGAAAUUGGAUUAAUUACAAUUUGCGACAUAGUCUAAUCCUAUUUUUUUUAACAAUAGAAAUUUUUAACAAAAUUUCAGAAUGAAACCUCCAUGGCACGCUGAUAGUAUAUUAGGUGAAAUUAGAAGGAUUUAUCACAGAAUUGUUAAUUGGAUAUUAGCAGUAUUUGAAGUAUGAUUGCCUCUUUGAUUAUGUUGUUAGUCUUGCGACUUGAAACCUAAUUUUCCCUAUGCUUAUUGUUUGCUUUUAGGUAAAUUUGUAGAUCAUAUAUUCUCAUUAUUAUGUAUUAGAUGUUGUGACGUAAAAACAAAUGUUUCCAGAAAAAAGACAGUCACGUUGGAAGAAUAUCACAAAAUCUACCGUUUAUUUUGGUUUAUACAGAGCAUUGGUUGACUUCAAGAUUUCCUAACCCAUUUAAGUUAAACAUUAGCUUAAUUUCCCCUGGUGAUCGUUGCGUUCUCUGCGACUCUUACCGACACCGGAGUUCAUGUUAUCAGUGAUGAAAUUUCAGUCCACCAUAGAAGAGAUGCUACUAGGAAAAUUAGGAAAUGAGGUUGUAUAUGUGAGCAGUAUUCUAGUUUCGUAGAGAGUUAGAAUACGUCUCACUAAGUAACGCAGUUGCACUUUCAACCAAAGGCGACGCGUUAUAUGUCUCAGUAUUACUGCUGUGUUGUUUGUUAUAUAUUCUAAGGCAUGACUGAUCGUAUCUGAUUUUUGGUACGUAAAAGUCUGAUGUUGUGGUCAAAUUUCGUAGGGAAAUGAAUUUUGUUUCUUGAGCGUCAUUCACUCCACUAUUCUGUCACAAAAAUAUAGCUUAUAAGGGAAUUUAAAUAUGCAGAUUUGCUUGUUUUAUAUAAAAAGUUGCAAUGACGUGAAUGCUCUGUUACUAAUGCCUUGCCCUUCCAAUACUUAUGUUUACCCGGGGAAUUUUGCCCUUCAUCGAUUCCUGGUCUGAAAUGAACCACGUACUUUAUAUCUGGAAUUAUUCACAUACAAUAGUUGUUUUCAUUAACCCUUUCCUUAUUAGAGAAUUUGAUUUCAAUAAAAAAUAUUGAAAUUCGUGUAUGCUAAAAUUUUCUCUGGGUAUUUCCCUUCUCUCUUGCACUUGUGCCUCUUAUACAAUUAAAGUGAAAUUAUGUUUAAAAAGGUUUAGUUAACUUUGGACUGGCGCGUCAUGUCUGCCUUUUCACUCUGGGUUUAGACAAAUGCUUGAUAUUGUAGGUUCUACUGUCCAUCAGACCCUCAACCCCAAGACCACAGUGUAUAGUCAUUACUUCAUAAAUGCUAUAAGAAUGGUCUUCCAGCUGGUGAUGUUCGGAAGGACGUGGCAAAUUAUUUUGAUUAGACACAAGUUCCGAAUAUCAGAAGAAGAGAGAAAAAAAUACUGUAGACAACUUGCUGACAGGAAAACAGUUUUUGAGGUGUUACAGAUUUUGUUUCAUAUGGGUGGGUGGAUGUACAGAUGAAUUUAUUCUAGAAACAUUUUGAUGCUUUUAAUGUAAAGAGUGUGAAAUAAAGUUGUAUUACCAAAAUUA